UCCCCCUGCGCUCCAGCCCCCACAUCCAUCCGUAGUUUUCGUGUUUAAUUUAGUAAAUAAAUAGUCUAUUAAAGUUUUCAUCAUCUUGGUGUUGUACAAUAAAUAAGAUGUAGUUUAAUUAGUGUUAGUGGUUUAUGUGUGUUAAGCGCUAGAGACGCAUUAUGAACUAGUGCGCGACCAUGUCGCUGCCAAUGAAGCGUUCGUUUAGUUCGGAGGGACACGCGUCCAAGCGGGACUGGAAGAUGAGGCUCAGCCUGCGCAGCCGCAGUGGUCAUAGCAUGGACGCACUGCGAGGCCGCCGCUGCGCCUCUCUCCGGUCCGCUGGGACGUCGGUAAGGGCUGACGACUCCGGUCGCUGCACGCCUGCCGCCGUCCCACGCGCCUCCUCCUCACCUGGUGAACACCAGACCCCGAAGAAGUCCAACUGGGAAGUCAUUGAACACUUCUCGUCCAACCGGAGCAAGAAAAGCCCGACCUCUGUGGAAGCAGAGGGUGGUGUGCAGAGCUCGUCGCCCGCCCUACCCCUGUGCCCCGCGGGAAAACCUGAUGUCGACAUUCAACCUUUACUCGGAGAAGAGACUGGAGGCGACCCUGGCGGAGGGCCCAGCGCUGAUGACGAUGACGACGAAGAGCAAAGCUGCUACGAGUCUUUCAUCUCGCUCUGCCCUGGGCCAGUGCGGGCGCUCUGUCUCUCUCACAGAUUUGACAACCUGAACGUGGAAAUGCUGUACCAGCGUUAUUUCCUACGAAUGAAUCAAACGAAUAUGACAACCCUCCUCGGCCUCUUGCUGGGCGUGGGCGUGGGCCUCGUGGCCGUACAGGUCCGCUCGCUGCUGCACGCCCAUAACUACCUGACGAACACGAUCUACCUGCCUUUGAACUUAUCCAGCUUCGCCCUCGUUGACCCGGAUCCAUACAGCUAUCUUUACGCAAUGUCGACUGAACAACCCGAUCAAUCCGUGACCAGCUCUACCGACUUCACCGAGCCCAGUCCACUGCAAAUAAUACGUGUUUACUUCGAAAAGGAACGUGUGGCGCAUCUGGUUAACGUCGUACUCUUUGGCCUGGCCGCUUUGAUUUAUACCUGUCUCCUGGCAUGCCUUAGCCGACCGGCAAUGAAUGAGAUCUACCUGCUGACAAUAUCUUACAUCGUCCUCGCUACGUUCCUGCUUACCGAAAGCUCUCUAUCUGGUACAGCCGUUCUUAGAUCAAUGAACGUCAGUGUGGGCAUGUGCGCGCUAUUUACCUACGUGACGUAUGCGACCCUUCCUCUGCGAUUGCACGAGGCGACCAUCGGCGGUCUCACACUGGCAGCUGUCAAUAUUGGAGCACAGAUUAUUAUGAGCAAGACAACGGACGCCCAGAUCUUCUGCAACCUGGCUACCCUGAUCGCAUGCAACGUCGCCGGCAUCAUGACCCACUACCCCCGCGAACUGGCACAGCGCCGCGCUUUCCUGGAGACGCGCGACUGCGUGGAGGCCCGACUGGUCACGCAGCGCGAGAACCAACAACAGGAGCGCCUCUUGCUGUCUGUUCUGCCCCGCCACGUUGCCAUGGAGAUGAAGGCGGACAUCGCUAACCAGCCAAGACAAGAGCAAUUCCACAAGAUUUACAUCCAACGCUAUGAGAACGUCAGCAUCCUGUUCGCUGACAUUUGCGGUUUCACCUCGCUAUCAGAUCAAUGCACGGCCGAAGAGCUGGUGCGCCUGCUGAAUGAGCUAUUUGCUCGUUUCGACCGCCUGGCAGCAGAACACCACUGCCUCCGCAUCAAGCUACUCGGCGACUGCUACUAUUGCGUGUCUGGUCUUCCCGAGGCCCGCGACGACCACGCCAAGUGCUGCGUAGAAAUGGGACUCGACAUGAUUGACGCGAUCGCGCUGGUCCGCGAGGUGAUGGCGGUGAACGUGAACAUGCGCGUGGGCAUCCACACCGGGCGCGUGCACUGCGUCGUGCUCGGCCUGCGCAAGUGGCAGUUUGAUGUGUGGUCCAAUGACGUCACGCUCGCGAAUUAUAUGGAGAGCGGCGGCGUGGCUGGACGUGUCCACAUUACCAAGGAGACGCUAGCCUGCCUCGGCGACGACUAUAAGGUGGAACCAGGGAACGGAGGCCAAAGGAACGCCUACCUGAAGGACCACAAUAUCGAAACCUACCUGAUUGUACCAGACGACACCAGCCGAGUAGAUAAGAAGCCUCAACACAACUUCUCUCUCAACGGCAACAUUUCAAAGGAGAUGCGGGUGAUGGGACACGGUUCGCAGCACGGCAAGCACUCGUCAAAGAUCGGCGUCGACGCUAGCAACGACAACAAGAAGCCAGAAGACGAGGUCAACGAAUACCUGAUGAAGGCCAUAGACGCACGCUCCAUAGACCGCCUGAGGACGGAACACUGCAGGCCCUUCACCUUAACCUUCCGAGAUAACAAACUGGAGAGAAAGUACAUUGCGGAGAGGGACAGAAUGCUCAAGAUCUAUUUCUUCUGCUCGAUCAUCGUGUAUAUCGCAAUCGUUUUCAUCCAACUGGUAGUAUACGACAUAACCAUCGGAUGUGCUGUCACUAUGCUGCUAUGCGCUUCGAUCGUUUUGAGUGUGACAUACAUCGUCGUCUGCUUCGAUUUUAAGUACACGAUGCCGAAACUGCAGAGGUUCUCCGCUAGUAUCCAUAACAACCGGACUCUGGCGCAGCUAAUGUCGUUCUUAGUUGUUGGCGCUGUCGCACUGCAAAUCGAGGUCGUUAUGGGAAUUCAUCUGCUGUCGCAACCAUCAACGCCCGUCGCCGGAGAUGACUGCCCACGAAGCAUCAAUGAACACUACCUCCAACUGACCCUUUUGGCGAUGUUCCUCUGCGCCGUGCACCAGGUGCUCAUAACUCUGCUGAAGACGAUCCUCUUGCUGAUUAUCAGCGCGACGUACAUUGGCAUCACCAUACAGAAGUUUAUUUACUAUCAAAAGCAUUACUACAACAACCAACACAAAUGCUCAGAAGAUUGGAACCAGGAUUUGACGAAUAUCGUGGUGGCGCUCGGCGCCCUAGUCGCCUUGCUGUUACACUCCCAGCAGACUGAGAGCACCUACCGUCUAGACUUCAUCUGGAAACUACAAGCUAAUGAUGAAAAAGAAGACAUGGAACAUCUAGAGGCGUAUAAUAGAAAAUUGCUGGCGAACAUUCUGCCGGAACACGUUGCCCAACAUUUCUUAUGCAGCGAUAAAAACUUCGACGAGCUAUAUCACGAACAAUGCGAAUCCGUAUGCGUGAUGUUCGCUUCGAUCCCCAACUUUUCGGAGUUCUACGUGGAAUUGGAGGGCAACAACGAGGGCGUGGAGUGUCUCCGCCUUCUGAACGAGAUCAUUGCCGACUUCGACGAGAUCCUGGCUGAGGAGCAGUUCAAGUACAUCGAGAAAAUCAAGAGCACAGGCGCUACGUAUAUGGCGGCAUCAGGCCUAACAGCGGCUACGAGGGACCUGCGCGGCUUCCGCCACGUGACAGCCAUGGCAGACUACGCCCUGCGUCUCCGAGAACAGCUACAAUACGUUAACGAGCACUCAUUCAAUACGUUCCGUAUCAGGAUCGGGAUCAAUAUUGGGCCCGUGGUUGCCGGUGUGAUCGGCGCUCGAAAGCCGCAAUAUGACAUUUGGGGCAACGCAGUUAAUGUCGCCUCUCGUAUGGACUCGACUGGACUUCUAGAUCACAUUCAGGUGACGCAAGAGGUGUACGACAUCCUGUCGAAGCGCGGCUACAAACUGCGCUGCCGCGGCACCAUCGACGUGAAGGGCAAGGGCAACAUGGUGACUUUCUUCCUUGACGGCAUCGGGGAGACAGCAAUCAUCAACAGCACCCAUGAUUUGUAUGCCAAUCCAACACCGUCUACGUCAGGAACAAGUGGUGGAAACCACGACAAACCAGAGCAUCGACCCUUAGAAACGCUCUCUGAAGGUCACACGGAUGAAGACGGGCCCUCUCCUAGGGCAUCGAUACCUAAAGAGGAACAAGGAGGAUCGAGCCCAAAGGUCGGAAACGAGGCUACAUCAUCCCGGGACAGCCUCGCCAGCGCCGUUCGGGCGAGAGUGAUGAAGCAGAUGCAGCGGCCACUCUCCCUCGCCGACAACCCUGGCCUGCCAGCGUUUAUAAACCUCCUCCAAUCCAAGGCUUACUCCGCCGACCUUGGCACGGCCGCAUACUUCGGCAACAGGAAAACCAACUUCUCUCUCACGGACAUUAAGAAACCAGCAGCUGAGACGCAGAGCAGCAGCGACAUCGAAGGAUUCUAUGACGCGGAAGUGCCCCAGCGCGCGGUGAGCCUCGCGGACUUUUUGUUUCGAAGGAAACCACGCGGCAACAACACACCAGUUAACAUCAUCGAAAAUCCCAUGAACAUCGUUUAAGGCCUUCACCCCACGAUGUUGUAACAUACCCUGCUUAUGAACUAAUCGAAAUGUACUUAGAUUUAAGAACCCUGAAAUGACACUCACCGGAUUAGACGAACCCCGGACUGGACUUUAUCGGAUUUGACAAAUACAGUAUGUGACAACUUUGCAAGACUGAAUGACAAUGAACUUUACGUUGUAGAACAACACAGGCAUUGUAAAUUCAUUCAAUAGAACGAAUUUAUUGAUAUUAGUAUGCGGGAAUUGGAUUAUGCAUAACGAAGGUUGUGAUACUUGAUUCGUAUUCUACGCGGGAUGAUACGCUUAAUAGAAAAAUAUGAGACCACGGGUACCGUCAAUUGUAUAAGGAUUUACAUAAUGUUGAGGAUAGAAGCGUGCUAUAAGAUGUAUUUAGAUGAUAAGGUUAUUGUAGAUUGUAGGAUGAUAUUAUCGUGACGAUGAUGUUUAACAAAGUUGGGCGGUUAGUUUGGAAUCGAAUUUCGUUUAUGUAUACCAGUAAUAAUUCUGAACUGAUUUUUAAGGUCUGCACUUGAUGUUUGAAAAAAAACGAUAAAGUCAUACAUUAUUUAAGAAAAUACACUAUAUUUUUUAUUUAUUUAGUCUAUCAAAAUUUUGUAAUAAUUUCCUCAAGUUUUGAAAUCCCAAAUAAGAUCGUCCUCGGUCUUCUGGCAUACAUCUGUUAAUAAUUA